UAGUCCUGCCUUGUUAGGGGGAGAUGCUCUCGCGGCUCACGUGGAAGUUUGCAUUGAAGUUGGCUUUGUGGGUUUAGGGAAUGGGCAAGUUUUCUCUGUCCCAAUCCUGGUCUCAUUGCAGCUCAGCCAUACAGUGCCCACGCGCCGUAAUUCUGCCUUGUGUUCCAAACUGCCCUAGCUCUAUCUCGCUCUGGUGUUUGUAUCCAGGCAUCUGCGAGACUGUCCACUUUGGUAAAGACCAUGUCUUUAGUUCCAUAGCAGAGGGUUGAAUGAGGGCAUCCCUUAAUCAGACUCUCAGGUCAGCUCUCCAUCAUAACCCCACCCCUAGAUUGGGUAAAUCUCAGGUCUUCAUUUCUGGGGACGAGGCUUCACUGAGCUUGGCACCACAAUUUGUGGAAUUUCAGCCUCUCUGGGUCAUCUGACCGUCCUUCCGUGUGGAUCUGACCUGUCGCUCCCCUUCCCCACUACCAAAUGUGUCUUGGUUAUGAUCCAUACUGUGCGAUGCACCCUCCCCCCACACCACACCAAUUAGUGUUGUUGUUGGCGAUGACAUUUUGCCUCUGGAAUACAUCAGGUGUUGGCAAACCUUUACUGAGUAGGCCUGUAGAAACGAAGAAUCUAAGACUCCAUCAAGGCUCUAGUCUGGCCAAUUGGAAGCAGGCAGGGGAGGUGAGGAUCUGCAUAGAAGCUGAGACAGAAUUGGCCUCAUCGUUGGGCAUCUCCAGCAGGACUCGCUCACUGCCCUCUUCUAGACAUCCCCUGGCUUCCUGAGUGGGAGGAGGACUGUGGCACGGGUGUAGGCUAGUCAGUAUCAGCUGUGAACUCCCCUGUCUGAGCCAGUCUCCACGUAUGUAAGGUGGGAGGUACUGACGCUGCCUCAUCCCUCUGCCUUGCUAAAAACUGUUAGAUUGCUUUCCUAAAGCUAGCCCCCAAGGGCCAUUCCCUUACUUGCCCGCUUCUUCCCGAGGCUGACCACCAAGGUUCAGCUUUCAAAGUAUUUGAACUUCAGUAAUUAAAAGCCCCCUUUGGCUCACCUGAUGAAUACACCCAAUUAAAAUUAAAAUUGAACACCUCAUCCUAACACAGAGUUUCCCAUUUUUCCUUUAUAAACCGCCAUUUUUCCUCUGGGCCAUGUCUGUCUUCUCUCUAUCCAGAGGCAGUCCUUUGUCCUUGGGGACAAAUACCCCUCUUCCCUCUCUCUUGUUCCCUUCCCCUUCUCCCUCAUCCUCCAUCUCCUGUCUUUGUGUCUUGUUCCCCCACUCCCUGUUCAGCUGAGGCAAAUACAUCUCCUUUGUGCUGAGGACGUGGUCCUGGGGUCCCGAGCCGAUACUGAUCUCUUACACUUACGUCUUCAGUAAACUGGUUAAAGAGACAGAUAGUCAUGAAAAGUGGAGAAAGAUUUAUUCAGUGUGGCCAUAUUGGGAGGAGGAAGAUAAACGGGUCCCUCUUAGGCAUAAACAGGUCAGAGAGGAUGUAAACUAAGCAGUCCUGGCCAGGGCAUGGUCCAGUCCAUCACUCAACCAUCCUUGUCUCUGCUCUCCUCUCUCCACCAAGAUGGCCUGAAAAGGCACGGUGUCUGUUCUCUUUCCAGAGGCAAGUUCCUCCUCUGUCUCUCCCCGCUGCCUGGGAUUCCUGGGGAAAUUUUACUUCUUUAGGGUUACAAAGUAUCUCUUUAGACUAUCCUUUCUGCCAGAGUGGUCUUAAUUCUUUCUGUUGCGGACUGAGUCUCGCCAAGGACUAAUGCUGACUCAGGGAGUUCAGAGUCUCCCAGGGGUGCAUUGACUGUUUCUAUAGAGGGCGCGAGUGUGGGGUGGGGGAGGAGCUGGUGGGGAGGGGAGGGUGGUCCUCAGGUCUCCUGUAUGAACCUGACAGGCAGUAAGUAGAGUCAGCGAGGGUCAGGCAGACCCUGGAGGGCAUGCUGGUGCAUGAGUGCUUUUCAAGGCUUGUGGGGUGAGGAAGUUGAUCUGAGGAGGGCCAGGGGCUGUGUGAGGGCUUGUGUCUGGAGGGCCCUCCUCACCAGUAAUGCUUACCAUGGUCUCAGGUACCAGGUUCUGGACGAGUCUGUGCCCAUUUCGUCUGGAGAGCAGUGAGUGACUAGCAUCUAUCCAGGAAAAAAGAGCAGCAGGCUCCCUCCACUGCAGCACCAUUUGGUUAUGUGAUUUUCCUUAAGUUUCCCUGUGGAAUGGCUGCCAAGGCCGUAGGAGAGACAGUCUGCUUCCUCCAGGAGCUGGCCAGGGAGCAGUCACCACCAGAUAGGCCUCAAGCACCGUGACCAGCAGAAACACGGGGGCUGUGAACCUGCAGGGUUGGACCCAGGGCCGUCCAGGAGCCGCUCACCUCCAGUAGGAGGCGGCCAUGGAGGGAGGGUUGGCCACACCUCUUUCACUAGUGAGCUAUUCUGCGAACUUCCCAUGACUGUUGUCACCAGAUGCCAUCAGUGGUUCUUUUCCAGUUCUGACCACCAGGCAGGCAUCCAAAGUGCAUCUCACUGUGGACAUCAAGGUGUGGACAGGGUGGGCCCUCGGGGGCCCCAGCUGAGGGUGUCAUUUCUAGCCGGUGGAGGCUCCUGUAUCCCUUGGCUUUUCUUCCCUCUAGAGACUGUGGCAUACACUGCGGUCCUCGGUUCUUUCCAAGCCUUCUCACCUGUCUCUCACAGGGAUGUGUGCAUGUACCAGGCUCUCUGGAUGGUCCUGCACAGCUGCCUCAGUCCUGUGCAGAAUCCUGUUUGACAUGAAAAGUCACAUGUCCCCAGGCUCCUGGGAUUGGAAUGGGAAUGUUAGAGAGUGUUAUUCAGCUUGCCAGGAAAUCUGACUGAGCAAGGGGCAGGACAGUCUCCCUGGGACUGCUUCCGCACCAGGGCUCCCCUGUGGUAGCUGAGUGUCUCCUGGGAUUCUGGGCUGGUCUUGGGCAGGAGUGCCAGUCCAGGCCGAGUCUCCCAGGGGAAAGUUCGCCUGUAGUGCUAUGUGGGGGAAUCAUUUGUUUCCCUUUGAACAGCCACUGCAGGCCUCCCUCUGGCUGGAUUGGGGGUGGAAUCCACCCCCAAUUGGAUGCAUGGAAUUGAGUCCUUUCACAACUUACAGGGAAAGCAGGGCAUCCCGGUAGCCUGUCACACCCACAUGGAGACUGUGGCUUGGGACCACUGAGGGGUUGCCUGGUUUGUGGGCGUGUUCCAGGAGAGAGUGGGACAUAGCCAGGGAACCUGAGGUGGGUGGGGCUGGGUGACAGGAAACCUGAGGUGGGGCUGGGUGGGGGUGGGUGGGGCUGACAGCCUUGUCCUUUUCCUUUCUCACAACCUUUGUGAGCAUGGAGGGAUGACCCCGAGAAUGGCCCUUCACAUUUUACCUUUAGAUUUUCAUGAGGCUCUGACAGACUUUAGUGUAUGUGAUUUCUGUCUGUUCAUGUUCACUCUACGAGAAGUCAGACCCCAGAAGCAUCGAAACACUAGUUAAUUUUAAAGUGGCUCGAGUAAACCUGAUUAUGGGAUAAUACCAAAACAAAACCCCCAAAACAAAACAAAACAAAACAAGAAAAACAAAACAAAACAAAAACCAAAAAAAUCCCUUUGAAAUGGCUUUGUGCUUAUGGCAAUGUUUUCACGGACUUAGCAAAAGACAGUUUGUUCUGCGAGCUUCUGUGCCUCCUUCGUCUGCUGUCUUGCUUGGUAGAAGCCUUUGUGGGAAAUCCAGGCCCACUGGGGAAGAGGAGGGCCCAAUGGUGGGUGUUCUCGGAUGGUACCCUCCUAUCGAUAGCAGAAGUUGUUUUUGGACUGGCCAUAGACCAGGCUGGCCUUGAACUUGCCCUAAUCCUCCUGCUGUCUCCCCGCUGCUGGUAUUACAGGUGUGUGUGUAGCUCUGCCUAGCUCACACGGUGCAGGGUGUGUGCACACUAGGCAAGCGCUGUAUGGGCGUUUUCUCACAGUCCGUUUUACAGUGGAGUCUGUCCACCGAUAGGCUGACUACGCGCCAGCUCUCGCCUCAGGGUUUUGAACUUCUGCGGUCACUGGGUAUUGGCCAGUUGGACUGUUCGGGCGCAUGAGUUUCACAGGCUGUCCGUGAAUUUAUGGAUAUAAGCGUACACCCCUGUCCAUCCUGUCCUGUGGCUGUGGCAUCCAUCCUGUCCUGUUCACAGGGAAGGUCCUGAAGUAGGACCCAGUCAGGUUGGAGGUGGGGGACACAGAUGUCUCCAACUCAGAUCUGUCCACAGCCCUACAACAGCCCAUGUACCACAAUUUGGACAGCUCUGAUCUGGGCUGUCGCCUGGGUCUACAUAGAUGUCCCAGAAUAGAGCAGAGCUGGCCCUGCCCCUCUCUGGCUGCAGCACUUGGGAGAGCAGCCCUCACCCGAGCAUCACAGUAGAGCUAGAUGCAGUGGACUCCACUGAGCCACCCAGAGCGUGGGCGAGCUGGUCCCACCCCGUCACCGUCAAAGUGCAGGCGAGCUGGCAAACGUGAAGGGGCAGGUCCUGCAGAACCAAAGCUGCAGGACCUCAGUGACCGGGGCGACAACGGGACAUCCGAGAAGCCAGCAGUCUCAAGCUGCGCCAGUGACUCACUGCAAAGUGCAAGUGAAGCCGUUUGGAAUGGUGCCAGGAGUGGUGGAGGCCCACGUGAGGUUGGACGGGCAGCAUGGGUGACUGGCACAGAGCCUUCACCCAGAACACACUGGUCCCUCCCCACCCACAGAGAGCGAGGCAGCUUGGGAAGGAGUCCACGGCAUUCCAGUGCAUCCUGAAGUGGCUUGACGGGCCACUCAUUAAGCAGGGAAUCCUAGACAUGCUGUCGGAGCUUGAAUGCCAUCUGCGAGUGACCCUCUUCGAUGUCACCUACAAACAUUUCUUUGGGAGGACGUGGAAAACCACAGUGAAGCCCACCAAUCAACCCUCUAAGCAGCCACCUAGGAUCACCUUCAAUGAGCCCUUGUACUUCCACACGACCUUGAGCCACCCCAGCAUCGUGGCUGUGGUAGAAGUGGUCACCGAAGGCAGGAAGAGGGACGGCACCCUGCAGCUGCUGUCCUGUGGGUUUGGAAUUCUUCGCAUCUUUGGCAAUAAGCCAGAAUCUCCCACCUCUGCAGCCCAGGACAAACGGUUGAGGCUGUAUCAUGGCACCCCAAGAGCCCUCCUGCACCCACUUCUCCAGGAUCCCAUAGAACAGAACAAGUUCAUGAGGCUGAUGGAGAAUUGUAGCCUGCAGUACACCCUGAAGCCACACCCACCCCUGGAGCCCGCCUUCCACCUGCUCCCUGAGAACCUCCUGGUGUCUGGUUUCCAGCAGAUCCCUGGCCUUCUCCCGCCUCAUGGGGACACGGGUAAGCUGCCCGUGGAUCUCACCACUGUGGAUUCAGGUGAUGCCCUGCGGAAGCCUCGCUUCCAGAAGCCCACCACAUGGCACUUAGAUGACCUCUUCUUCACCCUGUACCCUUCCCUGGAGAAGUUUGAGGAGGAACUUGUGCAGCUGCUCAUCAGCGACCGGGAGGGGGUCGGCCUGCUGGACAGCGGCACCCUCGAGGUCCUGGAGCGGCGCCUGCACGUCUGCGUCCACAACGGGCUGGGCUUCGUGCAGAGGCCACAGGUGGUUGUGCUUGUGCCUGAGAUGGACGUGGCCUUGACCCGCUCGGCCAGCUUCAGCAGGAAAAUCAGUGCCUCUUCCAAGAACAGCUCUGGAAAUCAGGCUCUAGUUUUGAGAAGCCACCUGCGACUCCCGGAGAUGGUCAGUCACCCAGCCUUCGCCAUCGUCUUCCAGCUGGAGUACGUGUUCAACAGCCCCUCUGGAGCGGAUGGCGGUGCCAGCUCGCCCACCUCAAUAUCCAGCGUGGCGUGCAUGCACAUGGUCCGAUGGGCUGUUUGGAACCCCGAUCUGGAAGUGGGCCCAGGAAAGGUGACGCUGCCUCUUCAGGGUGGGGUUCAGCAAAACCCCUCACGCUGUCUGGUCUAUAAGGUGCCUUCAGCUAGCAUGAGCUCCGAGGAGGUGAAGCAGGUGGAGUCCGGAACCAUCCAGUUCCAGUUCUCACUGAGCUCAGACGGCCCCACAGAGCAUGCCAACGGCCCCAGGGUGGGGCGUCGGUCCUCCCGGAAGAUGCCGGCAUCCCCUUCAGGCACCCCAGCACCAGCUGCCCGGGAUCUUGCUGCAACACAGGACUCUCCUGUGGGCCCAGGGCUCUCGCUCUCCCAGCUGACGGCUUCCCCGCUGUCCCCGGCUCUGCAAAGCUCUUCCAAGCCCCCUCUUCAGCCCCCGGACAGCUCUCAGUCCCCAGAGGGUCCCCAGCUCCAGGCCGAAUCUGUAUUAGAGAGCAGGGUCUCUCACCUGGAAGCCGACCUGAGCCAGCCGGCCUCGCUCCAGGGAACGCCUGCUGUCGAGCAUCUACAGGAACUUCCCUUCACUCCUCUGCAUGCCCCCAUCGUCGUGGGAGCACAGACCAGGAGCUCUAGAAGCCAGCUCUCCAGAGCUGCGAUGGUGCUUCUGCAGUCUUCUGGCUUCCCCGAGAUCCUUGAUGCCAGCCAGCAGCCCGUGGAGGCCGUCAACCCCAUAGACCCCGUGAGGUUCAACCCUCAGAAGGAGGAGUCGGACUGUCUUCGAGGGAAUGAGAUUGUGCUGCAGUUUCUUGCCUUCAGCAGAGCCGCCCAGGACUGCCCAGGAACGCCGUGGCCACAGACUGUGUAUUUCACCUUCCAGUUUUACCGUUUCCCACCCGAGACCACGCCACGCCUGCAGCUGGUCAAGCUGGAUGGGACGGGCAAGAGCGGCUCUGGCUCCCUGUCCCACAUCCUCGUCCCCAUUAAUAAAGAUGGCUCCUUUGAUGCUGGCUCCCCCGGCCUCCAGCUGAGGUACAUGGUGGAUCCCGGGUUCCUGAAGCCAGGAGAGCAGCGCUGGUUCGCCCACUACCUGGCUGCUCAGACGCUGCAGGUCGACGUCUGGGAUGGAGACUCCUUGCUCCUCAUUGGGUCUGCUGGCGUCCAGAUGAAGCACCUCCUCCGCCAAGGGCGGCCAGCUGUUCAGGUCUCACACGAACUGGAGGUCGUGGCCACUGAGUACGAACAGGAAAUGAUGGCCGUGAGCGGCGAUGUGGCUGGCUUCGGCAGCGUCAAGCCCAUCGGAGUCCACACGGUAGUGAAGGGCCGCCUGCACCUGACCUUGGCCAACGUGGGUCACGCUUGUGAGCCGAGAGCAAGAGGUUCCAACUUGCUGCCGCCAUCCAGGUCUCGGGUCAUCUCAAAUGAUGGAGCCAGCUUCUUCUCUGGGGGAAGCCUCCUCAUACCCGGAGGCCCCAAGCGAAAGCGUGUGGUACAGGCCCAGAGGCUGGCUGAUGUGGACAGCGAGCUGGCCGCCAUGCUGCUGACACACACUCGAGCUGGCCAGGGGCCCCAGGCUGCAGGCCAGGAGGCAGACGCUGUGCACAAGCGGAAGCUGGAGAGGAUGCGGCUGGUGCGCCUGCAGGAGGCUGGAGGGGACUCUGACAGUCGCAGGAUCAGCUUGCUGGCCCAACACAGUGUCCGUGCACAGCACUCACGGGACUUGCAGGUCAUUGAUGCCUACCGGGAACGUACCAAGGCCGAGAGCAUUGCCGGAGUGCUAAGCCAGGCCAUCACCACCCACCACACGCUGUACGCUACACUGGGCACCGCUGAGUUCUUCGAGUUUGCACUUAAAAACCCACACAACACUCAGCACACGGUGGCCAUCGAGAUCGACAGCCCUGAGCUCAGUAUCAUCCUGGACAGCCAGGAGUGGAGGUACUUCAAGGAGGCCACCGGCCUGCACACGCCCCUGGAGGAGGAUAUGUUCCACCUGCGUGGGAGCCUGGCACCCCAGCUCUACCUGCGACCCCGGGAGACUGCCCACAUCCCCCUUAAGUUCCAGAGCUUCUCCGUGGGCCCUCUUGCUCCGACACAGGCCCCUGCUGAGGUGAUCACAGAGAAGGACGCAGAGUCUGGACCCCUUUGGAAGUGCAGCGCCAUGCCUACGAAACACGCCAAGGUCCUUUUCCGGGUGGAGACUGGCCAGCUCAUUGCUGUGCUCUGCCUGACCGUGGAGCCCCAGCCCCACGUGGUGGACCAGGUUUUCCGCUUCUACCACCCAGAGCUCACGUUCCUGAAGAAGGCCAUCCGCCUGCCUCCCUGGCACACGCUUCCAGGUGCUCCUGUGGGGAUGCCUGGCGAGGAUCCCCCAGUGCAUGUUCGAUGCAGUGAUCCAAAUGUCAUCUGUGAGGCCCAGAACGUGGGCCCCGGUGAGCCGAGAGAUGUGUUCCUUAAGGUGGCCAGUGGUCCAAGCCCGGAGAUCAAAGACUUCUUUGUCGUCAUCUAUGCGGAUCGCUGGCUGGCGGUGCCCGUGCAGACGUGGCAGGUCUGCCUCCACUCCCUGCAGCGCGUGGAUGUUUCCUGUGUCGCAGGACAGCUGACCCGUCUGUCCCUCGUCCUUCGGGGGACACAGACCGUUAGGAAAGUGAGAGCUUUCACCUCCCACCCCCAGGAGCUGAAGACAGACCCUGCCGGUGUCUUUGUGUUGCCACCUCAUGGGGUACAGGACCUGCAUGUGGGUGUGAGGCCAAGGAGGGCUGGCAGCCGCUUUGUCCAUCUCAACCUAGUGGACAUAGACUACCAUCAGCUGGUUGCGUCAUGGCUUGUGUGCCUCUCCUGCCGCCAGCCACUCAUCUCCAAGGCCUUCGAGAUCACCAUGGCAGCAGGGGAUGAGAAGGGCACCAACAAGCGCAUCACCUACACCAACCCCUAUCCUUCUCGGAGGACCUACCGCCUGCACAGUGACCGUCCCGAGCUGUUGCGCUUCAAGGAGGACUCCUUCCAGGUGGCGGGAGGAGAGACCUACACCAUCGGCCUGCGGUUCCUGCCAAGUGGCAGCGCCGGGCAGGAGGAGAUCCUGAUCUACAUCAAUGACCACGAGGACAAGAAUGAGGAGACAUUCUGUGUGAAGGUCCUCUACCAGUGAGGGGACCACCGUGAGGCCAGUGCCCCUCCCUGCAGACAUCCGUCGCUGUGACUCCAGGUCUGGCCUGCAUGGCCUGUGAGCUGGCUGAGUGCAGAGAGACAAAGGCGUCCCUAGCCAUGGUAUACCUCCGAGAGUAAUCCUCCACUCGAGAGUGAGUGAAUGUGACCUCCAGCUCACUCUGCCUGUGACACGCACAAGGCUGUGUUACACCCCUCGACUCUCAGGCUGUGACUGUCCAGAACAAACUGUUUUAUAAAUGGUUUCCAAUGACAAAAUUAUGUUUUUCUUACUAUAUUUUUUAAAAUGAACAUAAUAUAUUUUAAUUUGCCAUGUAUUUUAUUAUACUGGGAUUCUUUUGUAUCUUUUUUUUUUAAGUUAUUGAAUGAAGCACCACAUUUCUGCCGUA